AUGUCAAGGACAACCAGGAGGAAGCACGUCUUGAGGGAGAAUUGGAUGGAUAAUUUCGAUCUUCCUACGGAAAAUCAGACCAUAGUCAGGGUUCUACAGUCCAGAGGGAAUUAUUUGUUUGACGUGGAAUCGUCCAAAGAGGAAGAAAACUUUUUGGUGUCCAUGCCAACAAAAUUCCGGAAGAAUAUGUGGGUAAAACGUGGAGACUUUAUUCUGGUGGAGCCCAUUGAGGAAGGAAAUAAGGUUAAAGCUGAAAUUGUGAAGAUUCUCACGCCAGAACACAUCAAAGAGUACACAAAAGCCAAUGUUUGGCCGAAAAAAUUCACUCAGAAACGACCGCACGAAGAGGAGGAAGAUGCUGAGGAAAUUGGAGAAUUUGGUCUUCCAGAGAAUCCCAACAGAAGGAGAAUUCAACAGUGCGAGGAAACGUCCAGCGAGAGUGAUUCUGACUGAUUUUUCUGUCCCUUAAAGGUAAGUGCGAGAGAGAGAGAGAGAGAUAAAGAAAUCCGGAAUGCAUUGAAUUUUUAUUUUGAAAACUUUCAAUAUAAUACAUUUAUUAUAAGUUUAUAAUCACUUUAUAAAGAGAUAAGUUGUAAAUUGUAAA